UUCUUUCCUCUGCUCUCAAGAAAAUGCUACGGCUCCGCUCUACUUCUUCGUCCAUUUCUCAUUGAAGAUUCAAUUUCGCUUCAGAAAUCUCUCAAAUUGAUCGGAUUGAGUGUCUCGUCUACCCCAAUUUCUGCAAAUUACGCUUCGGUUUUCUUGGUUCUGCAUAAACGCGAUUGCGAUGAUUUCUAGGUUUCUGCUUCAUGCCUACAUGUGAAGUAAGCUCGUCUUAGCCUUUGAAAUUGAUCUAGUUUGGGAAUUUUGGUUGAUGUUGAAGUCAAGUCACUGAAGGUUCCAUUAGAAAUUGAGGUUUUUCUGGGUAGUGAAAAGAGGGUUCUUUAGGGUUUGAGAAAAGAAUGGAUAGAAUCAGUAAUUUACCAGAUGGUGUUAUCUAUCGCGUGAUCUCCUUACUUUCGACAAAAGAAGCUACUUGCUUGAAGUAUACCUCCAAGAACUGGCUGAAUCUGGUUACCAUCAUACCGAUUGCUGUUUUCGUUGAUUCCUCGGCGUCUGCCAUUAGUGCAAGUUUCAAAGAUUUCGCUGAUCGAAUAAUGUUAGCUCGACUUGCCAGUCACCGUAUUAGGAGAUUCUCUCUAAAGUUGCAGUCUUUGAAUUUUGCUCAGUAUAAAACUGUCAAUGAUUGUUUACGCAAUGUGUUGGAGUGUGGAGUCUUGGAUCUUGAACUGGACAUCAAUGUCAGAGGAGAUUACUCACUGCCUUCUGAGAUCUUCACUUGCAAGAGCGUUGUGAAAAUGAAACUAGGGUCUGGUUUUGUUAUUGACAUUCUCCCUAAGAAUGCUUGGCUUCCUGCUCUUAAGACUCUCCUUCUUGAUACAGUUCGGUUCGAAUUCGAUAACACUGCUGGUUGUUCGUUUACAAAGCUUAUUUCUGCUUGCCCUGUGCUCGAGGAGUUAGUCAUAGAUGGCCACAACUGUGAAGAUUGGAAAUGGUCUCGCAGAGUAUCUAGUCAGAUCCUUAAGCGACUUACUAUUCGGCGUAAAGAAUGGGUUCAUGAUGGCUCUAGUUUUGAGCCUAUCAGUUUGGAUAUUCCUAGUCUUGAAUACUUUAAAUACUUUGAUACUCUCCGAGAUAGCUAUCCAGUUGUUAAGCUCAACUCCCUUGUGGAAGCUAAGCUAGAACUUCCUUCUCUUUAUAUUGGGGAUACCUACAAUGUUAGGAAUCUGAUCAAGGGGUUGAAAAAUGUUCAGAUUCUGCGCUUAGGAGCUGUUGACACGAUGCACCUGUUUUGGGUCUUCAGGGAAGCAGUCCCAGUGUUUGAGAACCUGUUUCAUUUAUCAGUUAGUACUCAUGACGCUAUCUGUUGGGAUGAUCUGCGUAUUCUUCUUGAAAAAUCUCCAAAUCUAAAGACUCUCACCAUUGAGGCUUUGCAUUAUCAUGGCUAUGGGGAUGAAAACUCUGUUUGCGAAUGCUUGGAUGGGUAUUCUUUCCUUUUGUCCUGCCCUAUUGAGAUCCUAAAGAUAACUGAGUUCGGUGGAGAGAUUGAAGAAAUGGAGCAAGUAGAGUAUGUCUUGGAGAAUUUGCUGUGUCUGGUGCUGUUGGAAAUUCAUGUUAAGACAAAGAAGAUUGACAGAAAGCUGCAGAUCUUGGCGGAUCUCCUAAUGCUUCCGAGAGCUUCAUCCAAAUGCAAAGUCCAGGUCAAGUUUGUUUGAACAAACAAGUGUUUGUUGCCUCAACAUGAGAACUGUUGGAGAAAUGGUGCAAAUAAAGCACAUGUUAGAGAAAUUGCCAAGUCUUGAGCUUUUGGAAGUUCAGCUUAAGCCAAUAAUAAGAGCUGACACAAAGAUUCAGAUCAUGUUGGAUCUCCUAAUGCUACCGAGAAAUUCAUCUAAAUGCAAACUUCGUAUCAAGCCCUCUUGAACAAAAUCUUAACAUAUCCCAUUUAUUGACAUGAGAGAACUGAGUUUGUUUUUGUAUCACACUCUUAAAUCUUUGCAUAAGCUCAGAAUCUAGUUUGUGAAGAUUGUGAGAGAAGUAAUCUUAAAAAGAUCAAACU